GCACACCAUUUAUUCUCAAGUGCCUGUCACAAACAGAUCUGCUUUUCUGUGUCCCAGAUGAUUUUUGCCACCAGGGAAACAAUUCUAACUUGGUUUUUGUUAUACUGGAUGUUCUUUUGGCACCUGAUAGUCAGAAUCCGACCUCCCUCUUCUGUUAUUCCCACUCUGUAUCCCAGAUGCAGAGGUUGUGUAAAUACUUAGCAAGCAAUCAAUAGAAAAUGUUGUGGGUCCAAGUUAGGGGUCCUGCCUAAGGAAACAUGAAUUUACAAGGAAUUCUUCUGAAUGUCUGAGCACUGAAAACCACCUCACUUGCUCUCUCAGUCCACAGAUUAGCAUGCAUCAAGCUUUUUUUUUUUUUUGAAUAAUCAGGAACCAACAUUAAUUAAAAACUGAUGGUACAACACAGCUCCAUUUUAUUACAUUCUCUAACUUCAUCUGGUGACAACCCUCCCAUGUUAUAAUAGCCAGAAAAAAAUAUAAAAAUAGUUUAAUUCUGUUCAAUACUCCUACACUUCUGUUUUGUAUCAUUUUAUAGGAGCUUUACUAUGAAUUUACAGCUAUGCUCUGCCCUCAGUUACUCCAUACUGGUGAAAGAAAAGCUGUUUGUUUUGGUGUAUCUAUGGCAAUUUUUUUUUUUUAGUUGUUCUUGAAAGAUUGACACUCUUUAGAUUACAGUGGUGGUAUUUCCAUAUUGUAAACAAUACUCUGUACUGUUACUAAAGUACUGUACAUUUCUAGUUGCACAAUUGUGUUAUUGAGUGUAGAUUCUCACUAUCUCAUGUAUGGUGCUAAUUUUGUUGGUGGAAAAGAAUCUUAGCAGUCGAUUAUUGCUUGAUAUUUUAUUAUAAUACAGGGAUAUAUCCUCCAUGGCAAUAAUACCAUGUAAGUUUUUCAUUACAGAGUGAAAUGUAUAUAUUUUUCCAUUAGUUAAUUUGCAUAUGUACUGUAUCCAUGGUAAUUUUCUUUUUGGUGCUGGUUAUAAAUAGAAAAGAUAAAAACAGUCAAACUGAAUGGAACCAGUUGUAAAUGAAAACUAAAAAAAAAAAAAAAAAAAAAAGAAAUAGAAAAGAGGACCAUUCCAUUUUGAAAAAAAUAUUGAGUAUGUUGAAUAAUAAAUUUAUUUUUUCCAUAACAACUUUAAUAAGGUUUCUGAACUUGAAAAAAAUAUAAUGCAAAUCAAGCAGCUAGCAUGAAAAUUCAGAGCAAGGAGUAAAGCUGUAAGUAGUACGUAAUGAAUCUGUCUAAUACUGGACUGAGAAUGGGAUUUGGUUAAGUCUUAAGCCAACUAUGUGAUAGCUGUGGUAGGUGUAAACAGUUUUUUGUCAGUAAGAAAUCUGGCAUUUCAGAAUUCCUGGUGAGCUAACAAAUCAAGGAAUGAUGGGUCUUGUCCCAUCUGGGUUGCAGAAUAAAGCACGGGGAGUGUUAAUACCUGAUUACUGCCUAACAACGUCUCUGCUCAGGGACACAACAGUAGAACAUGACUGUUUGGAAAAAAUAACCUAGGUUUUGUUUGGGAAAUCACUGUGUAUGGAUGAGCAGGCUGCCAGGAAGCUGAAGCAUAUGCUUGGGGACAUUUUGCAAGUGCUUUUGGGAAAGGUUGCUUUCAGUGUAUGUUGGAGCUGAGGUGAGGUGGCAGCUAGCUGUAUGUUUAAUGGUAGCUGCUCUGCAGGUGCAACUCAAUAACAAAGGUUGCUGAACUUAUGGAAGUUUAUGUUGGAGCUAAACUAGGCCAUCCAUUCGAAAGAUAUCUACAUAACCUAGCUGCAUACUGCCCUGGUGUGAAAUAAACAGAAUUACUUCAGUGCCAAGUGUUUUGGAUGUGUUUGUUGUAGGCACUAGCCAGAAUCUGUACUACUAAACUUCCCCUUCAGCCUGCAUAAAAUGUACUUUUAUGAAUGGUUGCACACAGGCAUGUAGGAUCCCUUCCUAUCCUGUCUUACAAAGAUGCCGUCAUCCAUAUCUCAUUUCAGUUUAAUUCUUGUUAAAAGGACACUGUUGGAGAUGGGAACAGCACCUUUCUAAAGCAGCCGUAAAAGCAAGCCAUGUCUUCUACAGCUGGUGUGAGAGUCCUCGUCCCAAAAUGAUUUCCAGAAAUUGAGCUUAUACCUACUUUAAAAAAUAGAGUUCAUUUUCUGAUCUCAUGCUGGCUUCUUGGUAAUGGCAUAGCACUUAUAGACUCCUAGUUUUCAGAGGUAGCCUGAGACACCAGUCCAGCUGCCAUUGUACAUAUGACCCUUAAAAGCAUCAAAAUUGUAGAAAUUUCGUCCAAGUGUUGCUGUAUAUUAACACAUCAUUGUGUUUGUGUAUUGCCUGGAGUCAACAUAUGAUUGCAAUUGUUGACCUGUUUAAACAAUAAAACAUAGCUAUAAGCCUUUGGAAGCCAAAGGCAUUACAUUAAGCUCGGAUAUGGCAAUGGGUGGGAGGGGUGUAAGGAAUGCUGUCAUGCAUUUGGCUUGAAAUUCUCCUGGUAUGUGCCAAAAUGUCUUCUAUAAAUCUGGUAGGCUUAUGUACUUAGUCUGCCUAUUUUGCAUGUUGCAGUUUGCUAUUUUUCCUCUAUUCCUAAUCCCCAUCUUCCAACCCAGAAACCAGAUGGUUUGAAGCCAUUGUCCUUCCCUGUGAUCUCAGUUGUCUUUUUAUUUAAGGCACCUCAGCCAAGUUCAUUAAAGGCAGGUGGGGUUAGAUGGCUCCAGUGCUCUGGCAUAGAAGUACCAUAUAAUCUCUUCUCAGCUGCUUGGAACUCACUUUUGCCUCCACCAGCUCCAUCUGCUUCCCUCACUCUCUUCCAAUUCCUGGUGUACAGAGCAGCCUUAGCUGUCUCUUGAUCCCUCACAGCAAGCUGGCCUGGACCCUGCUUUCUCUGGAAGGAAAUUGCUUUCUAAAAAGCUUAAUAAUGGAGCACCUUCCCCCAGCAUCAGCCUCAUGAUGCACCCAGAGCAUUACUAGUUGGAGGACCUUGUUCUGCUGGUAGAGUGAAAGCUGAAUGCUACUUUGUGCUUUCCUCCACACUACAUGGUCUACUGGGAAAGGUGUUUCCUCCUUGAAGAGUGUCAGCACAAACACCACCAUGCUGAGGAUUUACAGGCAGAAGAGAAUUGCACCAGAUGCCAGUUCAGUGCACUCACACUUUUCUGAUGGUGCAACAAAAGAAACCCUGGUAGCCUGCCUGCAGACAAGUUACUUGCAUCACUCGUUGGUUGUCUUGCUGUGUGAAAGUAGUGCACCCAGAAACAGGAUGUGGGAGCUGCUCCUCAACUGCAUUUCUUCUUUGAGUACUUAGACCUGUGCUGGACACACUUGAUAAUACUUCUCCAUACAAUCUAACCCUUCAGCAGCCUUCUGUUUAUCUCGAUUGGAAAGCAGGUCAGUAUAAAGACAAGAGUUCCUCAAGUGCUACUAAGGCACAAAAAACAGUUCUCCUUUCUAAGUGGAUUUUUUUUUGUCCUUCUAUCACGUCUCUGGUUUCUCCUCACCCUCUUUAGAAACGGGACUGUCUGCCUGGAGAGAAAUGUGCCUUGGACAAACAAGACCAGAGAGUCUUCGCUUUGGAGUUCUUGAGAAGAACUAUCCCUUUUUAAAAGGGAGUUUAAACAAAAAUGUCUAGGCAGAGAGGGCUCACAACCUCUCCCUAGCAACAGCUGCCCCAGAAGGUGACUGCGGUGUUUCCAAUGAUGACCUCCAUGCAUCUCUCACGGCCUCAUCUCUUUUCAAGACCCUUUCAUGUGACAGACCCCAUGAUGAAUGCCUGGAGACUGUACUGUACCACAUUACUUAUUUUGUCAGAGCUGCUGUCUCUGCCAAAUGGUGGCCAGACACUCAGACAGACUCUCCCAAUUAGCAGAGUCCUGCAGCUGAUGUCUGGGGCUGCAUCUGUGUGCCCUGUGCAUUACUACAGCUGAGACACUGGCUAGGCCUGCAUGGCCCGGGGUAGGUAACCACCUCAGCCACAGGGCAAGGAGGAAGCAGCUGGGCCUUCUUGAAAGAUGCGAUUUCCCUCAGUUCCUCUUGCUUGGCUGUGAAGGCGGCUAUUUGCAUGUUUAGUCCUUUCAUCCUUCUGUGGCCUGGGUGGAUCUGGAGCCGGCAGAGUGACUCAUCUGGGUCAUGCCACAGGCCUUGGCUUCCUUCUCAGUCUCAGCAAGGAGCGACUCCACACGCUGACCGUGGCGGAUCCCACAGGAUGUCGGUAUGUGGGGCCGGCUCCUAGUGCAACUCGGACUCCAGUGUUCUUUGAGCAGUGGCACUUGCAUGCUGCAACCAGACAUGGAUGAUGAAAGCCAUAUGCAAAGAAAUGGUCCUCCUCUGAAGAGCUCACAGACUGCAGGUGGUGGUGGGGAAAAGGUGGAUUCCCAAAGCAGCUACUUGGCAUUAUUGGCAGCAGCAAUCUGAAAAGAAAGACCCAACCAGACUGCAGCUUUGUUUGGCAUCAAACUUGCCUCCUGAGAUGAUCACACAAGAAGUCUUUUAUCACUUUGGCAGCUGAGAGCCAGAGCUGCUUGUGGUGGAAGUCGCUGGGACCGUAACCCCGAGUUGUCGUGGGAUGAGAGUCAAGCUUGGCCUGUCAGCAAGGCGAGUUGCAGCAGUCUGAGCCCCUGCCAGGACACGUCAGUACUUCUGAGCGUGCUUCCCCCGGUGCUGCUCUCAUUAAGGAAAAGCAGCACCUUAUGUUCUCUGUCUAUGUGGGAUGUGGUCCUCUUCCCUUGACACAAAGAGUAGCUGGUGUGAGCAGCUUUCUGCACAGAGAGAGAUAAAAUCAAAAGUGAGAAGGGCACAGGAUGCUGGCAGUUUUAGAGGCCAGGCAUCAUUGUCAACAUGCACCCACUCUCAUGAUGUCUCAUGAGGUGAUGUCCUCAUGAUCACAACCCAGGAACCAGCUUCCAUUUGACCUUUGUGGAGGCGACCGUGGUGAAACUCCCUUCCUGCAUCUGGAUACUGGACCUACAAAGUGUUCCUUGCAAGAUAUGACCCCUAAGCCAUCACUUCGGUCCUCGUUUUUGACACAAGACCCUCGAGGGCUGUCAGCAGGAGUGCUGGUAUGUGGAACUGCCUGUGGCUGAGUUUGGAACCUGCUGAGCAUGUCCUGCCAACUGGAAAGAUCAUUCUAAGAGGUGCCGCUAUAAAAGAUGAGGCUGAACGACAGCCGGCCCAGACCCUUCCAGGCUCCCGUCACCAUCCACAACUACCCGGGCGGGCAGGUGUACGUGUUCCCAAAUGGCCGCUCUGACUCGGAGGAGUCGUCAGAGGAGGAGCUCAACGUCAUGGAGCUGCGGCCCAGGGGCAGAGAGCAGCAGCGGUGCGGCCCGGCGCGGGGCAGGGCGGGGGAUGUGGUGCUUCUGGAGCGGGAGGUCACCGAGGACGACAGUCUGAACAAGCUUGCCCUGCAGUAUGGUUGCAAGGUUGCAGACAUCAAACGCGUCAACAACUUUAUCAGGGAGCAGGACCUGUAUGCCUUGAAGUCCAUCAAGAUCCCGGUGAAGACCCACGGGCUGCUGACAGAGAGCAGCAAGGAGCUGAGGCCGCUCCCAGCUGCGUGCUCCCAGACCGGAGUGACGCUGGUGGAUGUCCCGGAGCCUGACGCUGGUGGCAGCGGCUCUGCUGACAGCAAGCAGCUCGUGGACUAUUUCAGGGGCAUUGACAAGAGCAUCCGGGACGCCGUGCAGGCAGAGGUGCAGCUGAAUGCUGAGUACUGCGUGGAGGCGCCAGAGAGGCCGCUGGCUGAGCCAGGGAAACGGGAGAGCAGUAAUGGUGCAGACUGUGGAAUCCAGUGGUGGAACGCAGUUUUUAUUAUGCUCUUGGUAGGAAUUGUCUUGCCAGUAUUUUAUAUCAUUUAUUUUAAAACACAAGAGAAUGGCCCGGCGGCCCAUACCUCCAACACAACAGCAACCUCAAAUGUUUCAACAGAUGGAUUGGAAGGGAAAUUACUACAAAGCUCAGUUGUAGGAAAAAAUGCUAACGGGGAGAUGCGGCCAAAUACAGCCUCUCCUCCCAGCACUCACGCCCGUAAGAUGGUGACUCUGACUCGAGUGCAGUCAGGGGGAUAACACUACAGAUGUUUUUGUUCUCUUUGUUUAAAGUAGUCAAUGUAGUUCUGAGCUUGACUGAACUGGAGAUGUUCUUUUAUGGAAGAGUAAGGAUGCUCUGUUGCUUAUGAAGACCAACAGGCAACUGGCUUAACAUUUGUGAACUCUGAUGAGGGAAAGUAUUUUGAAGCAGUUUGCUCUUCUUGCUUGCUUCAGGUAUUUCUUAAGAGUGGUUUUGUCUAAGAAGCCGAACCCUUUACUUCUGCGAUAGAGUGCAGUACUGGUGUGAUGGGGGCACUACAGCUGGGGGCUGUUUGUGUUUUUAAGAAAAUAUGUUUUGCUUAGGGUAGAGGUGAGGACUCAUCUUUUUCAAUGAAUUGUCAUUUUUCUGUCUUGCAGAGCAUGGCAGCCUUGGCAGGCCUAACCCAGAAAGCAGUGGCUUUUAGUUGGUUGGCUGGGGUGUGGCACAGCUCAAGGACACCAGCAGCACCUCACCACUACAUCUUGUGCACAGUGCUUAAGCAGUGGGUGGUUUGAGUCCCUCAGUGAGGUGGGUGAGGCCAGAGCUUUUCUCCUGGUGGAAGUCCUUCAGAGACUUCUUGGGAGCCUAUGUCCAUGCAGGCGGAGCUCAUUGCAGAGUCCUUGCUUUUGUUAGGGUUCUGCUGGGCCAGAGCCGCAGCCGGCUGGCAACAGAUGUCCACAGUAUUGGCAGGAGAUGGCGAGAACAGUUAGGCUUGUGGGAUGGUGUGUUCUUCUCAAGGAUUUUUUUGGUGUGGGGAAGUCUAGCUGUUACCUGCUUUUGCUUUAAAUCCAUAACAGUGCAUCUCAGAUGUCACAUUGCAGUCAUGGACUUCAGUUUCCUUGUUUGUACUCUUCAAAUGAGAUCGCUGCUGAGUUCAUCUACAGAGACCAGCAAAGAAGCCCAGCGUUACAUCAGGUAGUCAUGGAAAGGUGGUGUAUCAAAUCCUUUCUAGAUGGGGAUUAGGAAGCUGCUGUAUGCUGAACAGUCCUGUCCACUCUGAGUAGAUAGGAGGGAUGGAUGGAGGUUUGUGUGGCUGAGCUGUCUGUAAGCCUGAUACGUGCGUUGUGUCAGUGAACACUACAUGCUGGAAGUGAGGAGGAAUGAGGCUUUGGGAGAGAGUUUUGCUGCAGAGAAUUGUCCUCAGAGCUUUUUAUUCAACAAAUUCAGGGACUGCAGACAGAGAUAAACUCUACUAGAGCUAAAUGCUGAGGUAUUGCUUAGCACAGUUGCAUGAAACCCCCAGGGAGAGGACGAGGACCUAACACAGCAGCAGCCAACUGGUCGUGUCAGCUUGUGGUGAGCCUCGGGGCUGUUUGCACGGAACUGAGUUCCUGCUGGGGCCGCAGAGCUGGUGGGCAGGCACACAGAGUGGCAGUUUGUCUUUGCCCUGCACUGCGGCCUCCCCACCAUUUGCUGUGUUCCCAGCACGCUCAACAAGAUGCAUGCAGAAAAAAAAAAAGCACAGAAUCCAUUUGUGGCAAGCUGUGGAGGUCAGACCUGAGCUGCUGGAGCAGUGCCUGCCUGCUGCAGGCCUUGCAGCAGAGGGCACUGCUGCCUGGGAGCUGUGGAGGGUCACAGCAAUGGCAGCAUGUUUAGGGAUCCUGGCUGUAGUGUUGGGCUGUGAUGCUGAACCCGAUGUCUGUGGCCGUGCAUUACCACGUGCAAGUUGGUUUGGGUUUUGUUGGUUGUGGUUUUUUGUUUUUUUUUCUCUUUUAAUUUUUAUUUUGAUCUUUUCUGUUGCUGCCUAAAAUGGAGCAGAAGUGAAGUUGGGUGAGGGGAGCGGCCCGAUGGCAUCUUCUGCAUAGCACAAAAGGUGUGGGGGAAAGGAGCAUUACACAAAGCAAGCAGAGCCAGGUGGUGUUACACCUGUAACCCGGGGCUCCUGCAGCCUUACAAAGCGCUCAGGAAGGCCUGAGCAAGCCUAAGUUGUGAAUGAGGAACCUAAAGUAUCUUGUAAUGGAAAAAAAAAAAAGCUUGUAUUUUCUUCUGUGAAGGAAAAGUAUCCCUUGUGGUUGGGAAGAGGGGGAUUGUUACAUUUUUAAAUCAAGUGAAAUGAAAUAAAAGCACAAGGGGCACUUACCCACCCCA